AUGUCGAAGAGAUUAACCUCCGUGCGAUUAGCGGUGUUAGAGAACGACGAUGCGAGUUCGGCGAGGGAUUGUAAGAAUUUGGUGGUGGUUAGGGUUAGAGUGUUGAGAGCGGAGGCAUCGGUGGCUUUGUAUCCAAUAGAUUGGCAGAUUUGGCUGACGGCGAUUUUGGUGAGAGAGAAGGAGAACUCUGCCGUGGAUGUCGGUGAUUGGUCGGAGGUUUCUUCGAAUUUAAGUUUGGAGUUACGGCGUCGUCGCUUCAUUGGUGGUGGAGAGAUUUUGAGAGGAUCGAGAAAGAGAGAAGGAGGCGAAUUGGAGUUUAUGAAUUUUUUAAAGAACCCUAAAUUUUGUGAAGUAUCGAACCGGCGUUGCAUUGGUUAUCAGUGA